AUGUCGAAAUGGAACAUAAUAUCACUUCGAUACUUUAACCCGGUCGGCGCCCAUCCCUCUGGUCUGAUCGGGGAAGACCCCACUAAAGAGUUCACAAACCUCAUGCCAUUCAUGGCUCAAGUGGCACUCGGCAAGAAACCUGUACUCACAAUAUUUGGGGAUGAUUAUAAUACGCCUGAUGGGACAGGUAUCAGAGACUACAUCCAUGUAAUGGAUUUGGCGAGUGGUCACGUGGCUGCUUUAAAUUUGCUAAAUGAAACUCACGGUCGACUCAAGGUUUUCAACUUAGGCACAGGUAGAGGGGUAUCAGUGAAAGAGUUAGUGGGAGUCUUUGAACGUGUCACUAACACUAAGAUACCACUGAAAUACGUUGCGAGGAGACUAGGCGAUAUUACUGCUAUGUGGGCGGACGCUACGCUAGCCAAGGAGGAGUUAGGAUGGACCACCAAACGGUCCGUCGAAGAAAUGUGCACUGAUUUUUGGCGAUGGCAGACAAUGAACCCUGAUGGAUACCCGAAGAAGAAAAAUAAAACUACCAUUGUUAUUAAUGGUAAUUCA